AUGUCAGAAAGAACUUACUUUCCCUUGGAGGAGAGGAAUGAUGUAAGCAAAAAGAGAAGGGUGGUGAGUCCGCAUCUUACUAAAGCUUUCAAGAUUGAAGAGAGGCAACAAUGUGAUGCCGAAGUUGCAAGAUUGUUUUACAGUAGUGGAUUACCGUUCAAUGUUGCAAGAAAUCCUUAUUACCGAGGCUCUUACCUUCGUGCUUCACACAUUCCGGGUUAUACUCCCCCGGGGUACAAUGCAUUGAGGACCACUCUUCUUGAUGAUGAGAGGCGCCACAUUGAACGGGUGCUUCAACCUGUUAAGAAGACAUGGAAGGAGACCGGUGUGAGCUUGUGUUCCGAUGGGUGGACCGAUGAUCAACGGAGGCCAUUGAUCAAUAUGAUGGAUGCUUCCACCAAUGGGGCUAUUAUGUUAAAGGCAAUAAAUUGUGAAGGCCAAUAUAAAGACAAGCAUGAAAUUAGUAGAUUGCUUUUGGAAUCCAUCAAUGAGAUAGGUGCCGAACAUAUGGUUCAAGUGGUGACUGAUAAUGCCCCUGUGCAAAGUCACAUGACCGGGGUGAGUGUAGAGAAAGAGUUGGGGUGGCUUAUUGAAAGUGUUGUCAAUGAUGUGUGGUUUGUCAAGAACUUUAUUAUGAACCAUGGCAUGCGUUUGUCUAUGUAUAAUGAUCAUUGUGCCUUGAAGUUGCUCACUAUUGCGGAGACAAGAUUUGCCUCUCAUUUUGUGAUGCUUAAAAGGUUUAAAGAGGUGAAGAGUGGCUUGCAACCUAUGGUUAUUAGUCUAAGAUUGGACAUGUAUAAGGAAGAUGAUGUCAAUAAGGCAAAAGCGGUGAAGAAGAUGCUUAUUGAAGAAAGGUAUGGGACCAAAUUGAUUUCAUAG